AGCGCGGGGCACGGCCAAGCGUUACGUUGCCGCAUCUGCCAUUUGCGCCUGGCACCUUUUGUUCAGUGCGCCAUUUUGCUCUCGUGUGACGCCUGUGUUGACGACUGUACGCCGUUUAAGGGGCUCGCCGCUCGAUCAACAUUCAACAGUGUGCGCCGCCGACUACCCGUCUGGAAAUCCGAUUGCAUUUCCGUUCCCGUGUCCGUCGGACAAUUUUCAGUACGCAGCAGACGUUUCGCACUGACAGGACGCGAAAGAUAUUCGAAAUAUGGAAACAGCACCAAGAAAACGUGGUCGUCCACGAACCGUUAAAGUGGAAAAACGCAGCCCAGAACCUGAAGAUUUAGAAGCAAUAUUACAAGAUAUAGAUGAUGAAGCUAUUGAAGAUUAUGAUUACAUACCAAAUGGUGUAGCUGACUAUGAAGUUAUCAAAAAUAAAAAAAAUAUCAACAAUAAUGAAGAUGUGUAUGACUUUGAUGUAGAAAAGGAAGAUGGCCCUGGCAUAAUAAAAGCAGAAAUAAUCCCUGAACCUGAAACGCUGGAACAUGCUUGUGAUAUAUGUCCAAGAACAUUCAAAACCCUCCCUGGUUUAAAAAGACAUAAAACAUCACAUGAUCGCAAACCUCAAGAAACCCCUGUUGUAAAUGAUGAUUCAAUGAAAAAAGAAAUGAAUAGCUGUGACUGUUGUGGUGAAGAUUUAGCUACUGCUCAUACGAUUGGUGAUUUUGAAUGUUAUGAUUGUGGUAACUUUUUCAAAUUAAAAGUUAAUAUGGAGCGCCAUCAGUUAAUGGUACAUUGUUAUGAUGAUGUUUUAAACUGUCCUACUUGUGAAUUCAGUUGUACUGAUAAAGAAACAUUAUCCCAACAUUUGUACUCUCAUGCAGGAACUUUAAAACCUUAUUCAUGUCCCGUUUGCUUCACAUCAUUUAGUAGGAAAUAUCAUCUUGUACGUCAUAAUAUGCAAACUGGUUGCGAUGGUUCAGAAAAACCCAAAUUUCCGUGUCAAGUUUGUGGAAAAGUUUUCAACCGAAAAGAUAAUUUAAGGGAACAUUUGCGUGCUCAUGCUGGCCAAACUAAAAAGAAGCGUACUUAUAAUUGUGAAUAUUGUAAUAAGGAAUUUGUUGGGUCUGCAUUAUUGACAGUUCAUAGAAGAAGUCAUUUAGGUUACAGACCAUAUCAAUGUGAUUUAUGCCCUAAACGUUUUCCAUCCAGUGGAGCCAUGAAGAAACAUCGUAGAAUUCACACUGGUGAACGUCCAUAUGAAUGUCAACAAUGUUUUGCUAAAUUUGCGGCUAAAGAAACUUUAAACCGUCAUAUCAAAACACAUACUGCUCUUAAACCACAUUCAUGCGAGUUCUGUGGCAAAACUUUUAUACAAAUUUCACAAUUGCGUGCUCAUUUAUUCCAUCACACGGGUGAAAAUGGUUUUACAUGUGAUAUUUGCGGCAAAUCCUUUAAUCGUCGUUCUCGCUUAACUCUGCAUACUAGAUAUGUACAUGAAGGGGCAGAACCAUUUAUGUGCACUGUAUGCAAUAAAGCUUUAUUGCGAAAGGAAGAUGUACAAAGACAUCAUAUUGUUCAUUCUGGUGUCAAAGCUCAUGCGUGUCCUAUUUGUGAAAAACGGUUUGCGAUGAAAUCUUCUUUAAAAAUUCACUUAUUAACACAUACUAAAGAGCCUCCACGAGCAUGUGAUGAAUGUGGCCGUGCAUUUAUUCGUCAAGAUUGUUUAUUACGUCAUAUGCGCUCUAAACAUAGAGAUAUGUUGGCUGAAAUAAUGGCUGAUGCUGAAAAGAAAAAACUGGAAGCUCAGUUAUUGGGAGUAGUGAAAAAAGAUAAUGAUAACCAAAAUAUUACUGACGAAAUUGAUAAUAAUAGAGAGGACGAUGAUGAAAGUAUUGAUGAAUUAGAAGAUAAUGGGUCAAUCACAAGUGAAGAAUCCAAUCAAAACAACACUUUGGCAGAAUCACUAAUGGAAUUGCUAACUGUAUUAGUAGAUGAAAGUACACUUAAAGAGUUUGGUUGGCCAGGAACAACAGUUGAUCAUUUAAUUGAAUCUGUGAUAAAGAGAUGUGGUCACACUCCUGUAGCUGCUGAAGAGGCUUCAUACAUGGCCAGACUUAGGGAUAAUUCAAAACAAUUAUUUUCAAUUAUUAUUGACGAUUCAGCUAUUCAAACACUACUCAGCAAUCAAACAAUUGAAGAAGUUAUUGAACAUGUGUUAAAAUUGGCUAAAGCGUAGUUUAAAAUUUGAUCAUAUUCAUAUUGUUCUUAAUUAUCGUCCAUUUUUACUAGGUUGUUAUGACUUAUUUUACAAAGGUAUGACUAUAUUUUUAUAAAUGUUUAAAUUUAGGCUAGACAGCUAUAAUUUUUUUUAAUAUUAUCAGUUACUUUAAGUAAAUAUUUUAUUUCGUUAAUGUUUAAUAUUAGCAUAAUAUGUCAGUUUCCUGUUUUUUUUUUAUUAAUUACCAAGGGUUAUAAUAUUAAGUAAUUUA